UUCCUCCAUCCCUCCCUCUCUUCAUCUAUUCUUCCGUCUCAGAGUCUCUCAGAAGCGAGCAGUAAAGAGACGCACUGCCCGAGUCUCGGCGAGAGGACACACUGACGCCCACAGGGAGAGGACACACUGACUGGUAUCUCUCCGAGAGCUGGGUGAGAAGACGGGACUCUCUGAAGCUUGUAGUGAGACACACUCACAGCUCCAGCAUGACACGUAAGGUGCUCAGUAACACCCGCGAGCGCUGGCGGCAGCAGAGCGUGAACACGGCGUUCGCGGAACUCAGGAAGCUCAUCCCAACUCAUCCUCCUGAGAAGAAGCUGAGCAAGAACGAGAUCCUGAGACUGGCCAUGCGCUACAUCACCUUCCUGCUCACGCUGCUGGAGAACCAGAGAGACAGAGCGACAGAACCUUCCUCCUCCACCCUCAUCACGCUCAUCACGGGGAACAUGAGGAACCUGAGCUCACAGACGGAAACGCACUCUCCUGGGUCCGGCAGUGACGGUGCGGAGACAUGGUAGAACCGAAAAUACAGUCUGGAGAACUUAAAGAACCUUCUGGAGCUACACGGACUGUGUGGGAAAAAUGCAUCGAGUGUUUGGGCUCUAGAUUCACUGUAAUGAGCUCCUCUGCAGUACUUACACAAACUUCUCCAUCUCGAGCCCCUGCUUGAUCUGCAUGAAUCAUCUGCUUUAAUUCAGAUGGAGAACUUUUACUCCACCAUGAUGUAGUUCUUAAAUUGUUCUUUCAUUUGUGAUGAACAGAGCAGCCAAAUGUACAACGACAGGCAAACUCUAGAACCUCUGCAGCGCUGUGUAGGAAGCCUGGAACCUCACGAGCAAACUCUAGAACCUCGGCUGUGUUCACAAUAGGAGGCUCUAGAACCUCUGUUCUAAUAGUGAGGAAUCUAUAUUAGAUCCUGUCCUCGCACUUCCUUUCUCUUAGAAGACACACACACACACACACACACACACACACAUUGACCAAGAACAGCACUAUAAUGAUUUCCAAUGUGGUAGACAGGAUUUAGUGGGUUUUAAAGGUUGGGCUGAAACUAAUGUUCUGAUAACGUUGUGAACGUUGUGAUAACGUUGCAGCAGCGUUGUAGAAACGUUCAGAGCCCGUUCAGGAACAUUUCCAAGUUGCGCCAGGUUUAACUCUGUCCCUGACCUCAUGUAGCGUUAUUAUUUAUGGCAUUUAUUUGUUAUCAUUAAAA